AUGGCAUUGGGACGCCAAUUGGGCCUGAUGUUGGCUUUGUGCUGGUUCCAUGCUUUGUUUGUUUCCCUCGGUUUCUCUAGUACUGCAUCGGCAAGCACCCCCGACGACGGCGAGUCUAUUUUACACAGCGAGUUCGGCCGCCAGAACAACCAAAGUUUACUAUGGGGCCCAUACCGGCCGAACCUUUAUUUUGGGGUGCGCCCCAGGAUCCCACAGAGCUUGAUGGCCGGCUUGAUGUGGGGCAAGAUUGAGUCGUACGCCGACUUCCAAUAUACGGUCCGAUACACCUGCGAGCAGAAUGAGGGCAUGAAGGGCUAUGGAUGGGAGGAGUACGACCCUAGGAGGGGCGGUAUCCAAACCAUCCACGACAUACAAAACGGUCUCGAUCUGACCACCUCCUUCGUAAAAGUCCCCGGGGGUGCCCACGGUGGCAACUGGGCGGCCCGGAUCAAGGGCGUGCUAAACGACGAUGCACCGAAGGACCAGAAGACCAUCUUGGUCUUUUAUGUGACACAAGAGGGCAGCGACUCAGAGCUCCAGGCGCUUGAAGGCGAGGAUGAGAAGGGAUAUCAUGGCGAUGUUACGCUACAGGGCCGAUCGGACUCGCUCGGCAACUACAAGCUUGUCGUGACCAAAGGCGAGGGCGUCCAGCCAUUGAGUGACCACGAUCUGUCGAAUAUCCGGGGCCCGGGCCAGACUGUAGUUCAGUCGUUGACGUAUCCUGAGGAGCAUAUCUGGCAAGCCAAACCAAUUCUAUUUCGGCAGCUCAAAGAGGGGGUUGACUGGCUGGUGGAGAACAAAUAUGAUGUGCAGGACCCCCCGCCUCCCUGGCAGGUGUACUUGCUCGACAACCGACCUGGCUCCGGGAACGUCCAUAUUGUGGAGAAGGUUUUUGAGGGAGAUUUUGAGUUUGAUGUCCUCUUCUCGAGCGAGUCGGUGGGCAAGGACAUCACGAGUGACGAUUUGUCGCGGGAAAUCAAGCUGACGACCGAGUCCUUUGGGGAGCGUUUUGCGAGUAUUUUCACACCCCAGGCGCCCUUCACGGCGGAAAAGUAUAAGAAGUUUGGCCGUAGCAUGUUCUCUAACCUGAUCGGCGGCAUUGGCUAUUUCUAUGGCGAGUCCGUGGCGGAUCGGUCUUACGCGCCCGAAUACGAGGAGGAGAACGAGGUCUUCUGGGAGGAGACCGCCGAGGCGCGGGCUCGUAACCAGCAGGCACUAGAGGGCCCCUAUGAGCUGUUUACCAGCAUUCCUUCCCGGCCGUUUUUCCCGCGUGGAUUCCUCUGGGACGAGGGCUUCCAUCUGCUUCCCAUCGCCGAUUGGGAUAUCGACCUUACCCUGGAGAUCGUGAAGAGCUGGUUCAACCUGAUGGACGAGGACGGCUGGAUUGGCCGUGAACAGAUCCUCGGUCCCGAGGCGCGCAGCAAGGUGCCGGCCGAGUUCCAGACCCAGUAUCCGCACUAUGCCAACCCGCCCACCCUCUUUCUCGUCAUUGACGCCUUUGUCGAGAAGCUCCGCAAGACCAACGGGAGCCUUCCCCCUUCUGGCACCCGGGAGCGUCUGUCCCAGGAUGACGGCACUCUUGCUACUGCCUCUCUCAACAACCCUGACGUUGGGCUGGAGCAUCUCCGCCGCCUGUACCCGCUCCUUCAGCGCCAGUUCAACUGGUUCCGCAAGACCCAAGCGGGCGACAUCAAGUCGUACGACCGCGAGGCUUUCUCGACCAAGGAGGCCUACCGCUGGCGUGGCCGUACGACCACGCACUGCCUGACGAGUGGGCUGGACGACUACCCGCGCCCUCAACCACCCCACCCGGGCGAGCUGCAUGUCGACCUGCUCUCGUGGGUUGGUGUGAUGGCUAAGUCGCUUGCCAACAUUGGCGAUGUGCUCGGCCUAACUGCCGACGUGGACGAUUACCGGAAAAUCCUCACUGCCAUUGAACGCAAUUUGGACGAUUUGCACUGGUCCGAGAAGGAUGGCUGCUAUUGCGACGCGACAAUAGACGACUUCGAGGAGAACGCGCUAGUCUGCCACAAGGGAUACAUCUCGCUGUUCCCGUUCCUGACGGGCUUGCUUCCCGCCGAUAGCCCGCGCCUGGCCAAGCUGUUGAAGCUCAUUGGUGACGAGGACGAGCUCUGGAGCCCGCACGGUCUGCGCAGCCUAAGCAAAAGCGAUAAGUUCUACGGCACUGCGGAGAACUACUGGCGCAGUCCUGUGUGGAUCAACAUCAACUACAUGGCGGUUGUGCAGCUUUACAACCUUGCGAAACAAGACGGUCCGCACCAGGCUACCGCCCGUGACCUGUACUCGCGCCUGCGGAAGAAUCUGAUUGAUACCGUGUAUGCCAGCUGGGAAGAGACGGGCUUCGCCUGGGAGCAGUACAACCCUGAAACGGGCCAGGGUCAGCGCACGCAGCACUUUACGGGGUGGACGAGUCUAGUGGUGAAGAUUAUGGCGAUGGAGGAUUUAGAACAGGUCGGGGGUGAUGUGCGGGAUGAGUUGUAG